AUGGCUACCCUCGGGCGCAACAAGAGCGUCUACGAUGCCUUGAAACUUGAUCGGAGGCUGUGGGAGCCCUUUACAUGCUGCCAGUUAUUUUCUGAUGGCAGCCUCGUUCCUCUACGUAAUUGUCUAAUACGUAUUUCUCAGGAUUGGGAUCAUUUAGGGCUGUCUGGGCAGUGUCCCUUUGUGUUUACGCAAGAGGAACUGAAAAGGCACGACGACCAGAUGAAGCAAUAUGAAGACAGGCUUUAUUUAUGGGAGCUUGCGAAAGACCAGCUGCAUACGGACAAUACAAGCUGGGUUCCAAUAGAGCGGUGGGAAGCAACAAAAAAAAAUCAAUCAGGAUUUAUUUGA